AUGGGCUUCCGCUCGUGCAUUGUUCCCGAGAGCGACGAGGGCGAGAGCUCUGGUGACGAGUGCGGCUCGGCGGCCGCGGAGGCGGCGUCCGACAGUGAGUCGGAGUCUUCCCUCCUCGAGCAGGCCAUACGGGCGGCGGGUGAUGUGUGCGGGCCGUCGACAUCGGCCGUCGAGACGGGCAACUCUCUCGAGGCGGGCAACUCUUCCGACGAGGACGCCUCUCACUGCGAGACGCUCGGGGCCGACGACUCCUCCGAUGCGUCCUACACCGACGGCGACUCCUCCAGCAUCGACUCCGAUGUCGGCGGCGCCUCCGACGAGGACAGCGACGCGUCUUGGUUGCCCUCCGACUAG